UUCGUAUAAAGCUUUUCGCCCAAUCUCUCAUCUCUUACAACAGAAAACGACCAGGAACCCUCGAUGGCUUCAGGAAAGCAGCGUGCAGAUGACAUAGAGAUCGACGAGCACGACGACUUUGAAGUCGACGAGGGAGAGCACUUUAUCACCCAGGACGAUAUCCUCGCCGAGGUUCCCGACGAUGGAGAUGCUCCCAUGGACGAAGACGAUGACGAGGUCCCAGAUCUCGGGGAAGGCUCCUCCGGCGUCAUCGACGACAACUCUGUCCAGCACUUUACCGGCCACACUUCCUCCGUCUUCACCGUUUCCUGUCACCCAACCGAGCCCCUCGCUGCUUCCGGUGGAGAGGACGACCUGGGCUACAUUUGGGAUAUCACCGAUGGAGAAGUCAUCGUCAAGCUUACCGGACAUACGGACAGUGUGACAUCGACCGCUUGGAGCUCUGAUGGAGAGCUCAUCUCGACCGGUGGGAUGGACGGUAAAAUUCGCAUUUGGAGAAGAGUCGGGAAAGACAACUAUAGAACAUGGGAGUUUUUGACUGAGCUGCAGGGUCCAGAUGAAGUCAUGUUUUUGCGAUGGCAUCCCAAGGGCAACGUUCUCCUCGCGGGCUCAAACGACUCGACACUCUGGCUCUGGCAAUUGCCCAAAGGAACUACCAUGCAAGUCUUUUCCGGACACACUGGUGCCGUCAACUGUGGUGAAUUCAGCCCCGACGGCAAAAAGAUCGUCUCCGCUUGUGCAGAUGGCACUCUUAUCCUAUGGGACCCUCGAUCUCCCACCCCCGUCUUCAAACUCGGCCCUGAAGAUGCCCGCUUCGCUCUCGACGGAAUCACCAGUAUCGCCAUCAAUCCUUCAUCAACCCUGGCAGUUGUCGGAGGUGCUGCAGGUGGCGUCCGUGUCGUGAGUUUGACCAAGGGCGAUAUCACUGGCACCCUCGGUGGGCACACGGAAGGCGAGAGUAUCGAAGCCAUCACCUUCGUUGACCUCACCGGAAGCGGAUCCGGGCCUGGUAUUGCCGUCACUGGCGCAACCGAUGGCAAGGCAUGCAUAUGGGAUCUUUCUACCAUGCGUCUCCGUGCAACUCUACAACAUGAAGAUGCCAUCACAGGCCUGCUAACCCACCCAGCUCCCAAGGCUCACAUCGUUGUUUCUGCAUCUGCCGACAAGACACUCAAAACGUGGGACGCUCGAACUGGUACCCUCAUCAAGACACAUAAAGCCCACCGAGCUGCCGUCCUCGGCUCCUCCCUCGGCCUGGGAGGAGCAGUCGUUAUUAGCGCAGGCGACGAGGGCCUCUGCGCCGUCUUCACCACCGAGAACACAGACGAGGACGGAAACAUGCAGCCUUAA